CGGAGCCAAAGGAGGGAGUUCCAGGGAGUUACCGCCGCAGAGCGGGGCGAGAGCCCGCGGUCACCUUGGAGACGCGCCGGCCAAUGGCAGCGGCGGAAGCUGUUUAUGGGGGCGGGGCGUCGCCAUGGCAGCAGGAGAAGCCUUCGGAGCGGCUACUUAACGCGAGUCCCGGGCCGCGGGCGCUCAGAGAGGCGCCUUCAGGCUCGGGGGGCGGCGAGGGGUGCCGGCGGGGCCCUCCGCGGAGGGCUCAGAGCCGCGGGGGUGGUGGCAACUUCUUCCAGAAGCUUCCCUUAGCCCGGCUGCGCCCUGAGCCAGGCCCCACGUCCGUCCGUGUUCGGAGUCGGCGACCCCGGUCGCGGGGAUGGACGCGCGCGUCCGGGAGGCGGCGUAGCGGUUCGGCGGAGGGAGCGCCGGAGGGACGCUGCCCGCCCCCUCGGAGCCGCGGCCAUGGCGGAGAGCUGGCUGCGCCUCCCGGGCGCAGGGCCGGCGGCGGGGCCGGAGGGCGGCCUGGAGGAGCCGGACGCCCUGGACGACAGCCUGACCAGCCUGCAGUGGCUGCAGGAGUUCUCCAUCCUCAGCGCCAAGGCGCCCGCGCUGCCCCCGGGGGGCGCCGACCCGCACGGCUACGGCCAGGUGUCGGGCUCCGCGGCGCCGGGGUCCCCGCUGGCGGCCGACCCCGCCUGCCUGGGGCCGCCGCACACGCCGGGCAAGCCCACGGCCUCCUGCACGUCCGGCGCCCCGGGGCUGCCGCCCCCCGACGACGUGGACUACGCCACCAACCCCAGCGUGAAGCCGCCCUACUCCUACGCCACGCUCAUCUGCAUGGCCAUGCAGGCCAGCAAGGCCACCAAGAUCACGCUGUCCGCCAUCUACAAGUGGAUCACGGACAACUUCUGCUACUUCCGCCACGCGGAUCCCACCUGGCAGAACUCCAUCCGCCACAACCUGUCCCUGAACAAGUGCUUCAUCAAGGUGCCGCGGGAGAAGGACGAGCCGGGCAAGGGCGGCUUCUGGCGCAUCGACCCGCAGUACGCCGAGCGCCUGCUGAGCGGCGCCUUCAAGAAGCGGCGGCUGCCCCCGGUGCACAUCCACCCCGCCUUCGCCCGCCAGGCCGCGCCCCCGCCGGGCCCCGCGCCCUGGCCCGGGCCGCCGGCCGCCAGCACCGAGGCCCAGCGGCUGCUGCGGGAGUUCGAGGAGGCCACGGGGGAGGGCGGCUGGGGCGCGGGCGAGGGCAGGCCCGGGCACAAGCGCAAGCAGCCGCUGCCCAAGCGCGUGGCCAAGGCGCCCCGGCCGCCCAGCUCCCUGCUGCUGACCCCGGAGGAGCAGGGCGAGCUGGAGCCCCUCAAGGGCAGCUUUGACUGGGAGGCGGUGUUCGACGCGGGCGCCCUGGGCGGGGAGCUGGGCGCGCUGGAGGCCCUGGAGCUGAGCCCCCCGCUGAGCCCCGCCUCGCCGGGCGGCGACGUGGACCUCACCGCCCACGGCCACCGCGUCGACUGCCCCGCCACCUGGGGGCCCGCGGGGGAGCAGGCCGCCGACAGCCUGGACUUCGACGAGACCUUCCUGGCCACGUCCUUCCUGCAGCACCCCUGGGACGACGGCGGCAGCGGCGGCCUGCCCCCCGAGCCCCUCUUCGAGGCCGGGGACGCCACCCUGGCCGCCGAGCUGCAGGACUGGGCCAGCGUGGGCGCCUUCUUGUAAGAGGCCGGGCCCACCCGCCUGCGGACGGCGUCCGAGUCCCGGCCAGACUGGCCCCAGCGGGACCCCGCUGCCCAGACAGGGGCUGGGCACGCCUCCCGGGCCGGCACCACGGGGCCACACAUCCCCCAGCCGGGCCGCCCUUGGCUCCCAGCCCCGGGGAACCGAUCGCCGCCGUCAGCCCGGGCCCCACACAGUGUUGCUUUGCCCUCAUCUGCCCGCCCCAGGGACCGGCCUGAGGGCCCGCCUGGCUGGGGCACCUGGGCUUCCAAAGGUUCUCCUUCCUCCUCCCCCGCCCCCACCCGGGGUCUGUAUCCAGAGAAAAGUCCCAGGUCCGCUAAUGAGGUGACUGCAGAUUUACCCCCUGGGGCCUCUCCAGCAAAGCCCCAGGGGCCGGGCGGGCAGGAGGCGGGCGGAGCCGGAGGGGCCGAGAGGAGAGAGACCUGAGGGCCGGGCCCCCACGGGGCAGGGAGACCUCCUAAGGCCUCCUGGCCCAUCUCCACCGCGGGCAGGGGCGAGGCUGGAAACCCCGCACGUCUGAGCCCCACUGGAGGCUGACAGUGUGAGGAGCUGGGUUCCGGGGGUUGGGGGCAGGGCGGAGGGGCAGACGGACUAACGUAGUGAGUGUAACCUAGAGCUGAGGCUUAACCGGGAGGGAUGGCCAGCUUGCUAGAACCACGGGGACCAGGAAGGGGUGGGGUCGCCCGUGCCCCGCCUGCACUCCUGGGGGAGUGUCUUGCGCCCGACCCCCCAGCGCCCCAGGCUGCAUCCCGAAUCCAUCCUCCUGCCCACAGGGCAAUUUAACCUUUUUCAUGGAAAGUUAUUUGCAAUACAUGUUUUUUUGACAAUAAAUUUUUUUUUAAAUCUGCAAA